CCGCGGUUGGCCGCGAGACAUCAUCGAAAAAAUAAAUAAAAAAUCCCCUGAAAAUUCUCGAGAAUUUCCGAACAAAUUCUCAAGCAAAAAAAAAAACAGCCCAACAAAUAAACUAAAUAAACCGUGGAUGCAUGCAUCAUUAUCCGAUCGUUCAUGCACACUCUCGUCGCUGUGUUGUGUCCACAGCACCCACGUUUACUCAUCCAUCUGUGUUUCCCCUGGAUAUUGUGGCGGCAACGGGUGAAAACAGUUGUCGCAUUGAGGAAGUGACAGUGUCUGUGGCAUUUGUAUUUUCAGUACAAAUGCAGUGAAUGUAUUUUUACGUGUGUCUGCGCUAGCCCCUGGGCCCCCGUACCGUAUUUACUUUUUUUUCGUGCGAAAAAAAAAAACAGAGAACCACCAACUGGGAGAGACAAACUCAUGUUUUAAAUGGACGCAUCGUCCAUUAUCACUCAAGUGUCGAGGGAUGACGAGUUGGGACACUUCAAUAACGAGAAAGCACAAUUACCAAGGGAGAAUGAACCGAGCAACAAUGGACCAUCGGGUAAGAAGCCCCGAGGCCGUGGACUGCUGCGUUCACUACUGUGUUGCCUCGGUAGAGGACGAGGUGGUAGCUCCAAGAGCUCCAAAGCCAGUUCCCUCCAGGGUGAUGGCAGAGGUACACCACCACCUGGCACUGGUUCACCCAGAUUUCUCCUGCCACCAGUCAGGCAUCAGGAUAUGCACAAAAAGUGUAUGGUGAUUGAUCUUGAUGAGACACUGGUACACAGUUCAUUCAAGCCCAUCAACAAUGCUGACUUUGUUGUACCAGUUGAAAUUGAUGGGACCGUGCAUCAAGUGUAUGUUCUUAAGAGGCCUUACGUCGAUGAGUUUUUGCAGAGAAUGGGAGAAUUAUACGAGUGUGUACUAUUCACAGCCAGUCUAGCAAAGUACGCAGAUCCAGUGGCAGAUCUGCUCGACAGAUGGGGAGUCUUCAGAGCUCGGCUCUUUAGAGAAUCAUGCGUAUUUCACCGGGGCAAUUAUGUCAAGGAUUUGAAUAAACUCGGUAGGGACCUUCAACAGAUCAUCAUCGUCGACAAUAGCCCAGCGAGCUACAUAUUUCACCCGGACAAUGCGGUGCCAGUGGCUUCCUGGUUUGACGACAUGACAGACUCCGAGCUCCUCGACCUAAUCCCCUUCUUCGAGAAGCUCAGCAACGUGGACAACAUCUACACAGUUCUCUGCAACAGCAAUCAUCCGUACAAUCAGGACCAAGGACAGAUGCAGAACAAUUCAAGCCCUGGUGGUGACUCAAUGGGUGCUUCCUAGCCCAGACGAGAGCCUGGCCUCGCGGUCAGCCUCGUUGCGUCACGCUGCACCCUGAGGAGGGCUCUCGACGGUAUUCUUCGGGCAACUGGACUCACAUGUCGCUCUGUCGAUAACAAUAAUUCAGUAAUGAGCUAAAACCCAGCCCACGAGUGCUCCUUACCCCAGCUGGAGUCGACAAAUCAUUCAAAAUAAUUCAUUCAAUCUACGAAUUAUCGUCUGGAGAAGGAACAGGACAUGAUGUUGAGGCAGUUGACGAGGGCUUACAUUAAUUAUUAAAAAAAAAAAAACGACUGAUUGUCGGUGAAAUAAUUAAUGCUCAUUAAUGACGGAGAGACUACUGCCUUUUGGCUUCCAUUCAUUGAGCAGUUGAACAAAUUUUUUAAUGAAAAUAAAUAUUUGAGAGUUGAACAGUGUGGAAAUGAUGAUGAGGUAAUUCGGUGGAGACUUCUCUCGUCGUUUGUAAACAUGUAUACGAUGCGAAAUUUCGGGGAAUUUGAGACCUGAGGGGCGAAUCGACUCAAUCUCCAGGGGAUUAAUCACCAACCGACGCUUCUUCACUCAUUUAUUAUUUUUGGUAGACGUUGUAAUGCAUAUCAGUGAAUUUUUUCAGUCUCCAGACGAUUAUUAUAUCAGUAAUUAGGUAGGUUUAGGUAGACAUCUUCCAGAGAAUUGACAAUUUUUUGAGAUUGCGAUUUUGGGGUGAAGUUCAGGGAAAAUUAUCUCGGGAUGGAGGGGGGUUAGUGGGAAAUGUUAGAAGACACUUUUUGUGGGAAAUUUCACUAUUAUCACUGGAGAUAAUUUCUUGUGACAUUUUGCUCUAAAUGCAGUUGUUUUCGUAAUAAUUGAGGAAUUGAUUGAAGUUUUUUAUUGAACUUCAGUUAUUUUAUUAGCAAUUGACUGUUGAAUUAUUUUAUUAAUGAGUGGUUUCGUAUCAAAAACUUGAAUAAGAUUUCUCUCGACGUCUUCUCGAAAUUUCUCGAAAUUUAAUCCUCUACAAAAAAUGUAUGAAACAUUUUUCUCUGAAUCCACUUGUUUCUGAGAUAAUCGCAGAUUUGUGCGAAGCGAUUCUGCACUCAACUUGACGAAGCUCAUUUUUCAUGGUUGUCACUAUCUCGAGAAGGACUAGGUAUAGGAGAAAAUGUCACAAGACAUUUUUUGUGUGCAAUUCAAUCCCCUACAUUUAGUUUCCUGACACCUUUUUUUUUAAAUCCAUUAUUUCUCGAGAUAAACGCAGAAUAACCGAAAUGACAAAUUCAAACUUCACCCCAGAAUCGAACAACUCUGACUUUAUCAUCAACACCACGAAUAAUUCUUUAUAAAUCAUCCAAUGAUAUGGUUGCCACAUGGACAAUAACUUCGAGGAGCCAAUCAGCUGGUGCCCCCCCCCCUUCCCCCUCCAGCCUCCUCAACAAUCCUCCGCAAUCGAGUGUUACGUCUUUUGUACACGAAUGGAGGAGAAAUUUAAUUGUCUUGGAUUGCAGCAUCAAUAACCCCAGUACCAUGAAUAAUCCCAGCCCUCGAGAUUCCCCAUUGUCUCUCGUUAUUCUCUACCUUUAAUUCCUCCUCUUUCUCAUCGUCAAUGUAAGACUGAAAGAGAAUCAACUGCCUCAAACAGAACAGAACAGUUUAAAAUGCUUUGUUAUUCCCUCAAGCACUCCCCCCCAUCUUCAAAUGGUUCUUGAUUUAUUUUCUGAUUGUGAUCGAGGCAUGAGUCACAGUUCACGAUUGAGAGCAGCAGUUGUACUUAUCCAAAUGCAAAUUAUUGAUCAAUGAUGAUAUCGAUUAUCAAUAUGUACUUCAGAGAGGGGGGGGGGCAGUUGAUCAGUGACAUUUCCUCGAGAGUCCCACAUCCGGUUUUUUAUAUCGUGAAAUAUUGAUUUUUUAUUCAGUAAUGAAGUUGUAGAGGAAAUUUGUGGGAUUUAUUUGGGAUUGGAGAGUGGUUGAUGAGAUAAUUCCGCAUAUAGAGAGGAAGAAAACUGGUCAAGUGGAAUAAAACUCGUUAAUGAGCAGUUUUAGGAGGAAAAGUGUUUUGACUUUUUUUGGAGAAUGAAAUUUCUAACAAAAAUGGUCUGUGACAUUUUCCCCCAAAUCCACUAAUUCUCACGAUAAUCCCACCCGAAUAAACCUGAACAUCUCUUCGAUUUCCCUCUUCAUUACUGAAUUCAUCACAUUUAAUUUCCCUCAAAUCAAUGUGUCUACAUAAUCCCCGCAAUUUCCUGAAUUUAUACAAAAAAAAAUCAUCAAACUAAAAUGUCUGUGAGAAAAUUAAAGACUAAGCUGUAGGGAGUAUCGUCAGCUGCAUUACGCUGGGACUAAAAGUGGAAUGAACAUGAAAUUAAUGCACAAUAGCAGUUGAAUAAACAUCUGCAUAAACAACAGAAUAAAAACACUCGAUAAAUGUGUUUAAUCGACAACUCGACUGGGGCUCAAUCUCAGAAUGUUAACGACGAUUAUUUGAUUUUUCAUUUUGUAAAACUAAAAUAAAAAAAUGAGAAAUUAGUGAACAAAUUGGUGCUUCCGUAAUUAACGAGAGGGGUUAAUUGAUAAUUGAAUGAUUAGUGGGCAAUCAUGCGUCGAGCCCCUCGGGCUCUCUUCGCAACGGUUCCGUCGACAUUUUUUACUAAUUAUACACUUUGUAACAGAAGUAAAUUUUUUUUAAUGUCAAAUCAUUGUACACAAGUAGGACGAGUUAUCCAUGUCCACGUCGAUUUUCCUAUUGGAAGAAUUAUCGAAUUUCUUUUUUUUAUUUAGAGGUAACUGUAAAAAUUUACAGGGGACAUAUGAUAUUGUGAUCAAUUGGUGGGAUUUAUCCAUGUGAAAGUCACUAGAGUUUUUGGAGAUUUUGGUUGUGGAGAAUGUUUUUUAAAUAUUUUUUCAUGAAAUUUAAUAGAAAAAUGUGAAUGAAUAUCAGGAGAAAGGGAUAAUUAGCAACUUUUUUUGGAUUCCAGUUGAGGAUCAAAUGGGGUUAGAACAGAGUGAUCAGAAAGGGUCAAUUGACCCUUAACUCUACAAGUCUUCAAGGCUCGUUUGACCCUCAACUAAAAUCAAAACAAAAAAAAUGUUGAAUCGUCGUUUUCUUCUAGUAUUUCAUCAAUUAAUCUACUCGUUUAAAUCAAAACUCAACAUUCGUUGUCAAACGACAUUCUUCAUUUCACUAAAUUCCCACGAGGAAAAUUUUCAACAUUUCCUCUCAAAACUCUCCACUCACGAAUCUUCCUCCAAUAAAAUCAACAUCUCCAUCAUUAAACCUAAAAAAAAAACUUUGAAAGUGACUUCAGACUUUUCCAUACACCAAGCCUCACUAAAACCAAUCAACCACAUUAAUUACCCGGUACUUACGAUAAAACCAAGAGAAAGAGAGUUGCCAACGCAUAUGAAAAAUCCAAACGAUGGACGAAAAAUGAUGAAAAGAGAACUAGAAAAUCGCAAUGAUUGCUUGCAAGUACAAAGUUGUUACGUUUUAGAGGUGGCCACGACAAAACGACCGGGGGAGGGGGGGGGUGGAAGGAUAAUUAGUUUUUUGAAUGAAGAAAGAAGUGUUGGAAUUAGGCUAGAAGAUAAAAGAUUGAAGAGAAAUCAAGAGAAUAACAAAAAAUGAAAGAAUCGAGCGGAAAAAUCUAGUUUUCACUGGAAAAUUCUAUUGGAAGUUCCAUUGAUAGCUAAUAUUUGCACAUUGAUUUUUUAAUCAAAUGAAUUCUGUAUAUUUUUUUUAUAUAAAAAUUAUUGGGCAUGAUUUUUUUAACUUUAAGGAAGGAAAUCCAAGUAUUUCCUUCAAGUUAGCAAUUUUUUUUCAAGCAAAAUUUCAAUUUUGCUGAAAACAUUAAUGAAAUUCAUUAAACAGAGAAAUAUAUGAAUUUUCCACUGGAAUUUCAGAGAAAAUGAUGAAUUUUCCAUUCAAUUUUUUUCCCUGUGAAACAACAACCUAAAACUAGAAACGAAUGAUUGAAUUAAAAAUUUGUAUGAUUGUGAAUGCGUGAGAUUAUUAAUUGAUAAUAAUCCCAAGGUAUAAUGAUUAAUAUUAACAAUAAACAGAUAGUAGAUAAUACUAAUGAAUAAUGCCGUUGUAAAACGGUGCUUGCGCACGAGAAUCGACGUAAUUGAAUGAUGAAAAAAAAAAAACGAAGAAAAUUAGUGAAUCAACUAUUGAAAGAUUGAUUGAAUAAACUUUUUAUAUGAAAGAAAUGAACAAUUUCCUAGAAUGCGAUUUUUAAUCAACAGAAAGAUUAUAAAAACAUUUGAUAAUAAAAUCAGCAUAAUUGAAAUUGCUAUUGACAUGAAAACUAUUGUACAAAAUUAUUGAAUGAAUUCAACUGGAGGUUUUCUUUCUUUUCGUCGAUGAAAGUGGUGAUUAAUACGGAAUAUCCCAGAGUGUUGGACACGUAUGCAUGUAGCUCAUAAUUAACAAUAUUGCCUUGAAUCUGUAAAUAAACUUGACAACUUCCAACUAAUUGAAUCCCCAUCUUCAGAGAGAGAGAGAGAGAGAGAGAGAGAGAGAGAGAGAGAAAGAGAGAGAGAGAGAGAGAGAGAAAAUUGACGUAAAGAUGGAAAAAUAAACUGCGAUUUCGCAGUUAUAACGAAGAGGUCCCGUCAAAUGAAUCUAUAGUUUUUUCUAACGAAGUAAGUAAUUACAAUCAAAUGCUUGCCGCAAUGACGUAACCGUUGAUUUAUCGAUCGUUCCUUGUUUAGAAGGAAUUUUUCAUUUGAUUGAGUUUAUGAACACAGGACGAUCAAAUGGGGCGUGGCUUCGUCGUGUAACAGCGAGGUAACACUAUCAUUAAUGGAGAAAUAAUUAAAUUGUGAAGAUAAUUCAUGAUGAACGAUUGUAAUCACCCGGUAAUCCUCUUUCCCACCUCCAAACAUGUCCAGUUUGCUCUGUGAUUCUGUGUUUAAUAAAAGGAGAAAAAAUAUAUAUAUGUUUGAUAAUCUUGAA